CGCCAACGUCACAACAUCUCCCUCCAGGCUGGUCGCCCACUUCCAACACAUCCCCCACGCCCGCCUCAGCCAUUCUGCUCUCGCGCCUGCUUCUCGUGCGCGCCCCCUCGGACAUCCACAGCGACGACUCGCCUGUCCAAACUUGAUCGAUUCUGCGAACACCCGGCUCCGCACGGCCUGCCCACUCCCCACCGAAACACUAUCGAUACAUCGCCAGUCGGGAGCCGCUCGGGCACGUCACCACCACCACCACGACCAUGGACGACAAGGACAGCUUCCUCACCCGCGCCAUAAACAAAGUCCGCGAGGCCAUCGACGCCGACAACGCCAGCCAGUAUGAGCGCGCCUACACCCUCUACUACCAGGCGCUCGAGCUCUUCAUGCUCGCCCUCAAGUGGGAGAAGAGCGAGCCGGCCAAGAAGAUGAUCCGGGCCAAGACCAGCGAGUACAUGGACCGCGCCGAGAAGCUCAAGCUCCACCUCAACGACGCCGAGGCGAAGCGCAAGAAGCCCGGCAUGGUGGGCGCCAACGGCUCGUCGACCGGCGGCACCGCCAAGGGCAAGCAGAACGGCGAGGAUGGCGAGAUCGACGAGGACAGCAAGAAGCUGCGGGGCGCGCUCGCUGGCGCCAUCCUGACAGAGCGGCCAAACGUCAAGUGGGACGAUGUGGCUGGCCUCGACGGCGCAAAGGAGGCCCUGAAAGAGGCGGUCCUCCUCCCCAUAAAGUUCCCACAUCUCUUUGUAGGCAAGCGUCAGCCGUGGAAGGGCAUCCUCAUGUACGGCCCGCCAGGUACAGGCAAGAGUUACUUGGCCAAGGCGGUGGCCACGGAAGCCAAGAGCACAUUCUUUAGCGUCAGCAGUUCGGAUCUGGUCAGCAAGUGGAUGGGUGAAAGUGAACGCCUCGUCAAACAGCUCUUCGCCAUGGCCCGGGAGAACAAGCCGUCGAUCAUCUUUAUUGACGAAGUCGACGCUCUGUGCGGUCCCAGAGGCGAGGGCGAGUCGGAAGCCUCCCGGAGAAUCAAGACGGAAAUGCUGGUGCAGAUGGACGGUGUCGGCAAGGACUCCCAGGGUGUGCUGGUGCUCGGUGCGACAAACAUUCCCUGGCAGCUCGAUGCGGCCAUCAGGCGGCGAUUCCAGCGGAGAGUCCACAUCAGUCUUCCCGACAUUGCUGCCAGGACGACCAUGUUCAAGAUUGCCGUGGGCGAGACGCCGCAUACACUGAAGACGGAGGACUUUCGCGAGCUGGCAAAGCUGGCCGAAGGCUACUCGGGCAGUGAUAUCACAAUCGCCGUGCAGGACGCACUCAUGCAGCCAGUCCGCAAGAUCCAGCAGGCGACACACUUUAAAGAGGUCACUGUUGAUGGCAAGGUGCGCGUGACGCCUUGCUCGCCCGGCGACAAGGACGCCAAGGAGAUGUCAUGGGAGGACGUUGAGUCGGAGGCGCUGCUGGAACCCGUGGUCGACUUCCGGGAUUUCGCCAAGGCCAUCAAGGGCUCGCGGCCGACAGUCUCCAAGGAGGAUCUGGACCGGAACGCCGAGUGGACCAAGGAGUUUGGUAGCGAGGCGUUUCUGAGACGCGUCUUCGGAGGCCGAAACGCACAAAGCGAUGCUGUUCGUCGGCAUCACGAAGAUGACGAACAAGUCGAAUACAACGAGCAAGUCAAAGAACGAAUGGAACAAGCAGAGUCAGAAGUUGAGCGAGACGACGCAUUGCCAGCAGUCAGCGUUCAAGAGCCGUGCUGUACCGCCGAAGAACCCGCCGAACGUCCACAGGGAAUCACGAUGCUGCCCAAUGAGAUCAUCAGCCAGGUCUUUACUGCCUGCGACUCCGUCGACGCUGUCUGCCUCAGUCUGACCUGCGUACAUCUGUACAAGAUCGGGUCCCAUCUUCGCUCGCCGCCGGCUGGUAUCGGUUGCCGUGGUGUACAGCAAGGCUGA